AUGCCAACGACUAUCAAGACGCCUUUUCGGCCGCUCAAAGCGGUAGUGUCGAAGUACAUCACCCCGCGCAAGGCUCGCGAAGAUGCGCAGAAGCAGGUCAAGGGCGAUACUGCCGAGCCAAAGGGUGCGCAAGGCGACGUAGACCUCGCGACCGCUCCUCUGGCAAAGCCUCGUUCUCACAUCCUCGCCGACGACGGUAUACCCGCGGUCCAGGUAGACGAGCAAGGCCGGACACUCGGCCUCGAAGACCCGUCCGACCCGGCACUGAUCGACGAUACCACGCUCACCGUCCUUCGCAUCACCACCUCUGUCCCAACAACCACCGUCACAGACCCCACCCUCAUCUCCACCGUCACCACCCUCACGAACGGCUCACAAACAUGCAUCCCCUACUUCCCCCCUCCUCCCUCUACCAGCACGACCACGAUCUCCACGAACCAGUACGGCUUUGUCGAUCCGCGCGUCUACUCCGGCACCUCGCUCGACAGUGCUGGUCCACCUGGACUCGGAGAGCCGCUCAACGUCAUCCUCUCCUCCCAUUCCUCUCCCCUUCUCCUCACGCGGUCCGGUUUCCAGUCCUACCUCCGGUCGCUCGAUUUCGACCGCGAAUGCCUCGGUCUUCACGGCGGUGGCUAUCAAACCGCCCACAUCGACCCCCGUGGCGAUCUCAAUCAGGACUUCAUCUUUCGCCAGAUCUACACGCCGCUCGAUCACGUCUUUGGCACAUGCAUAGAGUCUCUCGUCGGAGGCAACCACGUUAGGGCCUGGCAACAACAAGGUUCCGGAGCAUGGUUCUUGGCUACCAGCAAAGAGGAGAAGCUGAGCAAGCAUCAUAUGAUCGUUCCCGACGGGUAUGAUGUUGGGAGGAACGAGGUGGUGCGCAAGGCCCAGGGGAAGGGGAAGGAUGGUAGGACGAGUUUCAUGGGGAAACGGUAUAGGUCGGAGGUGAUGUUCGUAGCGGGACUGAUGAAGGGAGGUGCAGAGGGGGUGAACCAUGGCAUUGCGGUGGACGGGUUGACUGCGGUGCUGACGGUGACGGUGGAAGGGGGAGGAUGGUUUGGUGCGAAGACGGGCGCGAAUGCUGCAGGUGAAGCGACGGUGGAGCAGCAGAAGGACCCCGCGGCUGCCAGCGCGGUCGCAGCAACAGUGUCUGAGGAUGCACCCCCGGUCGACACGGGAGAAGAACACCCUGGGAGACGCCGUGCCUCGCUCGCGAAGCGCUUCAGCCUGUCUCGCGCUCCCUCUCGUCAGGGCCAAGUCGAGCUGGAGAAGAGGUCUUCACAGCAGGUCUGGCAGAAGCUGAGACGGCUGUCGACUCCGAAGCACCAGCUCAGCGCUGCGAGCACCGAUGCGGGUCGUACGACGGCCAUCAACGAGACUGGAGCGAGAUCGAGCUCCGUCGAGUCGGCGUCCACCGUAGCUGCUGCAGGUGAGACACCGAAACUCGCCAUGGUCGAUGCAACCCGGUCGAGCGGUCUCGUUGUCGCUGCACCUGCUAUGGCUGCCUAG